AUGUCACACCUCACCAUCGAUUUCGAAUCCGCCCCUGUCCCAUCUUCCCUACCGGGUACAGAUCAAUCCGGUCAUGUACUUCAUGAAAAACCUAUCAAGGAGAAAGACCUCCCAGCUGAGAUCACUGUUUCCGGAGCGGUAGAUUUGGAUUCGGAACAGAUACCUACCGAGGAAGAAAUGAUGAGUUUGAGGAAAGUACCUGGGGGUAUGCCCUUCGUGUGCAUCCUCAUGUGUCUAGUUGAGCUUGCUGAGAGAGCGUCAUACUACGGUUCAACUUCUCCCUUCAACAACUUUAUCAACAACCCUCUGCCUGUCGGAGGGAACGGAGCUGGUGCAGUGGCCAAAGGAUCUUUGGGAAAACAAGAAUCCGCCGGUGCCUUGGGUCUCGGGUCGAAAGCGGCAUCUGGUCUAGUCAAUUCUUUUCAAUUCUUAGCCUACGUUAUACCCAUUUGCGGUGGUAUUGUGGCCGAUACGAAAUGGGGUAGGUUCAAAACGAUUUGUGUGGGUGUGUUGGUGGGUAUCAUCUCUCAUAUUUUAUUGGUCAUCCCUGCUAUUCCAUCGGUUUUGAAACAUCCCAACGGAGCUUUGGGUUCUUUUAUCGUGGCUUUGUAUAUUCUUUCGUUCGCCAGUGGGUUUAUCAAGCCCUGUCUCGGCCCUCUACUUCUAGACAACUCUCCCGUCAGAGUCCCAUCCAUCAUCCACACCAAAAAAGGAGAAAGAGUCAUCUUAGAUCCUCAAGCCACGGCCGAACGUUACAUGUUAAUCUUCUACGGCUGUAUCAACAUCGGAGCUUUUUUCACCAUAGCCACUUCCUAUACCGAACGUUAUGUCGGUUUUUGGCUCACUUUCCUUCUCCCAGGUCUCAUCUAUCUACUCAUGCCUAUCAUCUUGUAUUACUGUAACAAACGUCUUUAUAAAGCUCCACCUCAAGGUUCAGUGGUAUUGGAAGCUUUCAAAGUUUUCAAAGUUUUGUUGAGUGAUGGUGGUUGGAAAAGAAUGUGGAAAGGUGGUGAUAAUUUUUGGAACAGGGCUAAACCAAGUUAUAUUGAAGCUAGAGAUGGUGGUUUGGAUAUUGAUAAAGUGUUUUGGGAUGAUAAAUUUGUGGACGAGUUGAAACAAUCUUUACGUGCUUGUCAGGUAUUCAUGCUCAUCCCGGUGUUCACCCUUGCCGAUGGUGGUAUAGGAAACCAAGUAAACUCUAUGAGUACCGCCAUGACACUCGACGGUGUACCCAACGAUCUUUACAACUCCUUCAAUUCCCUCGCAAUCAUAAUCGCAACUCCUAUUAUAACCUACGGCAUUUACCCAUUCUUUUCCAAAAUCGGUCGUCCUGUCAAACCCAUGACUCGAAUGUGUAUAGGUUUCUUACUCGGUGCUAUAGGUGCAGCCAUCGCAGCUAUCGUCCAAUGGAGAAUUUACAAAACUUCACCUUGUGGUUAUUCCGCAUCUACAUGUGAUGCCGGUGUUUCACCCAUAUCAUUAUGGUGGCAAGUCCCGAUCAUCUGUAUCCCAGCCGUUGGAGAAAUAUUCGUUAAUCCAGUUUCUUACGAACUCGCUUAUACAAGAUCACCAGCAAGGAUGAAAGGAUUAGUAUACGCUUUAGCUUUGUUCAACACGGCAGUAGCUUAUGCUAUUUCUUUAGCUUUGGCGGAUGUGAUAACGGAUCCUUUUUUGAUUUGGCCUUGGGUAGCAUUGGCAGGAGGUUGUUUCGUUUUGGCUAUUUUGAUACCUAUUUAUUGGAAGGAUUUGAAUGAACCAGUGUCGGCUUUUGCGGAUAAAACUAGGAUGGAGGGGUUUGAACAACCAAAGGUUUUGUUGGAACAUCAACACGAGAUGGAACAGACUCGGGCGGAUGAUGUGGGGGAUAAGAUUUAG